CUCACAGCUGUUACCUAUUUCUAAAAAAAGAGAUUUUUAACUUUUCCUCUCUCUCUCCUUCAGAGUGGAAGAAAGAAGAUAGAUUCUCAGUUUUUUCAAAGUUCAAACCCAAAAGAACACCUGGAGUUCUUGUUUCCAAGCUUCUUCUUAUACUGGCAUUUUCCAGAAAUUGUGUGAAACCCUACAAAAAAAAAAAAAUCGAAACUUUGUAAAACCCUAGAAGAACCUAAAUUCUUAGAAACCCUAGCCAAGUUUCCUGUAUUGAGGUGAAGGGAACUCACUCAGAAGCGACGAAAUCGAAUAUGAAGAAGAAGAACCCAGAAAAACCCUUAUUUCUGUUUCUAAUUUUAGCUUCGAGCUUAGCAUCAAUGGCGACUGCAAAAUCCACAAUAGAGCCUUGCUCAACCAAAGACACUUGCAACUCAUUGCUAGGCUACACGCUCUACACCGACCUCAAAGUCACAGAAGUAGCUUCUCUCUUCCAAGUUGACCCAGUCUCAAUGCUCCUCUCUAACUCCAUCGACAUCUCUUACCCAGACGUCGAGAACCAUCUCCUUCCCGCCAAGCUCUUCCUCAAGAUCCCAAUCACUUGCUCCUGCGUCGACGGAAUCAGAAAAUCCCUUACCACUCAUUACAAGACUCGUACUUCCGACACGCUUGGAUCGAUCGCUGACUCUGUUUACGGGGGUCUUGUCUCGCCUGAGCAGAUUCAGGUGGCGAAUUCGGACACUGACCUUUCGGUUCUUGAUGUAGGUACAAAGCUUGUGAUUCCAUUGCCUUGUGCUUGCUUCAAUGGUACUGAUGAUUCUCUUCCCGCACUUUAUCUAUCUUACGUUGUGAGGGGUAUUGACACUAUGGCUGGAAUCGCUAAGAGGUUCUCGACUAGUGUUUCGGAUUUAACUAAUGUGAAUGCCAUGGGAGCUCCUGAUAUCAAUCCUGGUGAUAUCCUCGCUGUUCCAUUGCUAGCUUGUAGUUCAAAUUUUCCCAAAUACGCUACGGAUUACGGAUUGAUCAUUCCAAACGGAAGCUAUGCUCUCACAGCAGGCCACUGUGUACAAUGCAGUUGUGUACUUGGAAGCCGCAGUAUGUAUUGUGAGCCUGCUUCUUUAGCAGUCUCUUGUUCCAGUAUGAGAUGUAGAAACAGCAACUUCAUGCUCGGGAACAUCUCUUCGCGGGAGAGUAGCUCUGGUUGUAAACUUACUACUUGUAGUUACAAUGGUUUCGUUAGCGGCACUAUCUUGACCACGUUAUCCAUGUCUCUUCAACCACGAUGUCCUGGACCGCAACAACUAGCGCCGCUUAUAGCCCCGCCUGAUAAUGUUCCAAAGGAACUUAUGUAUUUACCUUCGCCUUCACCUUCACCUUCACCUCCGCCAGAUUCUGAUGAUGAUGUUGUUGGUGGAGGAAUCAUAACCGCACCAGCGGCUUCACCUAGAGGACUUACGGUUCCUUCAAGCAGUUCUAUCCCGGGCAAUCCAGCUAACGGUCCAGGCGGGAGUAUCUCUGUUGCUUCUUGUCCAUCGAGCUAUUACUCAUUCAUUGCGUUUCUCAUCUCCAUUGCUUCUUGCUUUUUUGUAGUUUGAAUGCAAGACAAUCUCAUUAUUAUUGGCUUAGUUCUUUGUUUCUUUAACUCCUGAACACUUCUUUGGUUAGUGAUUGUGUUCACUAGCAUAUCUAAAUACAUCUUGAUCAAGCCUA